AUGAUUGAAAACAAGAAUGCUCUAAUAAGUUGUAGUGCAUUUAAAGAGAGUGGAGUUUUAAAAGGAUGGUGUGAAAGAUUGUUGAUAUAUGAUUUAUUAAAAUAGGUAAUAUAUAUGAUAUAUAAGUGAGGUAUUGAGAUAUAUAGAUGUGAAAGGAUAAACAUAAAAGUAGUUGUUAAUUGAAAAUUAUAUAAUACAUCCUGUAGUUUUUCAUUAAGGGAAGUGGUCAAUCAAAUUUAAAACUCAAUAAGAGAUUGAACCUAAAGUGGCAAGAUUUGGUUGGAAUAACUAAUCUGAAGCUUUAUAGUGGUAUGAGUAUUUCAACGGAAAAUAUUUGAUGUAGAAAAUAAAAAAAGAGAAUUAAGAGAAGAAUCUCUAAGAGUGGGAUAGAUUUAUACCUGAAUCAGAAAGAGUUGUAAAUUAAAUAGUACCUAUGAUGGAUAUAAAACCAAGUUAAGUUUCUAGAAUGAGACAAAUGAUACCUUUAUUACCACAAUUUUUAUAAGUAAAUAAUAUUAUUAAUCUCAGAAUGAUAUAGAAAUUAUAUUAGAAAAAACAUAUGAAAAUUUAUAAGGAUUUUCAGAUAUUCAUUCAUUUAAAAUAUUACAUCAAUCUUAAAAUAAAGUGCUUUAUCAAGAUCCAAAUGAUCCUUUACAUAUGCGCUUUUUUUUGAAAUCAGAAAUGUCUCCAACUAAAAUAUUUGAUGUAAAUAAAAUUAAUGUAUCUUUUAGGAAUUAUCAACCCAUAAUUUUAUUGAUAAUUGGAGUUCUUAAGUAUCAAUAUACUAAGUUUAUCCUACAAAAAAAGAUUGUGCUAUAAUUUAUACAGAAUUUGAUUUAAGUUCAAAUUCAGAUCAUCAAAAUAAAGUUAAAGAUGUAGAAUUUGAAGAUGGAUUUUCGUAGAGUUUUACAAAAAAGAUUAAUCAAUAAUAAAAUUUUGAGAAUGAAAAGAUAAGAUUAAUUUAUACUUAAAAACAUUUUUAAAUAGAUGAAAAUGCAUAUUGUAUUAUGAAAAAGUAUAUUGGAAAUGAAAUAUCUCAUAAUUAAUUUGAUAAAGAUAGAAUGGAUGGAACAGAUGAAUAUUAAAUUACUAGAUCUUGUGUUUUAAUAUAAUUAAAAUAAGAUGGAAUAUAUAAAACAUAAAUUAUUGAAGACAUGUAUUUAUCAUGUAAAAAUGGAUAGAAGGGAGAAGAAGUAAUGAAAAGAUUUUUAUUAUCAUUUGGAAAUAUUGAUGAUUAAAUAAUGGAAGCAGAUGACUAUAUAAAGUAGAAGACAGAACAUGUAUUAAUAAAGAAUGAGAAUGAUAUUGAGAAUUUAUAAAUUUCAUUUAUUUAAAUAGAUUAAGAGAUACAUAGAAUAACUUCAGAAUAGCAUUAAUAAUAAUCUAUUUAAGAAUAUUAAGAAAUAUUAGAUGUAAUUUAUAGUGGAUAUAAUAUUUAAUAAUCUAUUAAUAGAUAAUUUAAUCAAAAUAUUUUAGUUGGUUUAGAUAAAUAACUAGAAACAACAAAAGAGGAUGGUCAUUUUUUAUUAACUAAAUAUUAUGAAGUUGAUUCUAAAAAGGGUGGUUUAAUAUAUACAAAUAAAAAAUUAGUUAGUGAUUAAAGAAGUGUUUUAUUAGACAUUAUAAAAAGAAUGGGUUCUAAUUUGUUGAGUGGAAAAUCCUUAAUGUCUGUAUCAUUACCAAUUUAAGUUUUUGAAUCACGUUCAUUUUUAGAAAGAAUGGCUAGAGCAUAAGGUCAUGCUCCUAUAUUUCUUGAAAAAGCAGCUUAAACUAUGGAUGUAAUGGAAUAAAUGAAAUUAACUAUAUCAUUUAAUCUGGCUAGUUUUAUGAUGGGUAUUUAAUAAGAAAAACCGUUCAAUCCAAUAAUAGGAGAGACUUUUGAAGGAAGAAUAAAAGGAUGUCCAAUUUAUUUAGAAUAGACUUCUCAUCAUCCUCCAAUAUCAAAUUAUAUUAUGUAUGGAAGAGGAUAUUAAUUAUAUGGAGCAUUUUGUCCUGUUGUUAAUAUGGGAACUAAUAGCUUAGCAGGUGAGCAAUAAGGACAUUCAUAAAUUUUAUAUUAAAAUACAAAUCUUAAAUUUUAUUAUAUGGCUUAACCAUUUAUGUUAUAUGGUGUUUUGCUUGGAUAAAGAAGUGUAAAUUGCCAUAAAAGAAGCUAUUGUUUUCAACCAGAAAAUUAAUUAUUAGCUGAGAUUACUUUUAAUCCUAAAGAUAAAAAUUCUAGUUUUUUUAGUUCUUCAUCCUAAAAAAUUGAUGGUCUAAUUGGCAAAAUAUGUAAAGUUACUCCUGAAUGUAUUUAAAAAUGUUUAAAGGCACAUAAAACAAAUUCUGGAAUUAAAUUGAAAAUUUUACCUAAAGAUAUUUUAGAUACUUAUAAUAUUAAUAUAAAAGGAAGAUGGACAUCUUAUUUAUAAAUUGAUAAUAUUAAAUAUUGGGAUAUUGAUAUGCAUAGGUAUCAUAUAUUUAAUUUUAAGACCUUAUAUUCUCGAGUUAGAAUCAUCUCCAUUACCAUCCGAUUGUCUCUAUAGAUUGGAUUUGUUAUACAUGAAAAUGAAAGAUAUCUCAAGAGGAUAAGAUGUAAAAGAGUAAAUGGAAGUGGAUUAGAGAAAAGAUAAAACACUUAGAGAAAAAUAUAAAAAGAAAAAAAAAUAAAACUGA